UAACAGACAUACGCACGGGCGCGCGGCCGGCAGCACGGCAAGUCGGCGACUCGUGCGCCCGCCGGACACCGGCCCGCCGCUACGUCUACGCCAGCGUGCCGACGCAGGCUUCCACUUUUCUCCCCUCCCCCCGCCCGCUCCUCCUCCUCCCAUGAGCGGGCGCCGCACCGCCCCCCGGCGGCCAGACGAGAUGACGGACUCCACCGACUCGCCGUCGGAGCGCGCGGGCGCCGGCUUGGGCCAACACGCCGGCGGCACGGAUGGCGACGGAGCAGGCGCGCUGUGCCAGUACCAGCACGGCGGCCCCGCCAGGGCGCCGCGGCUGGGGCUCGAGAUCCGGGAGCCCUUCCUGCGUCUGAUCACGUCCAUGCGAGCCGCGCUCGACCCCGCCGCCGACGACAGAGGCGCCGGCCCAGAGGGGGAGGAGCCGCCAGCGGUGAAGAAUCAGGGCCGGAGACGGCUGACGCGGGUGGGACUGCGAGCGCUCCAAAUCGGCGACAGCAAGAUCGAUCGAACGGACGAGUUCGACAUAGCGGCCAAGUUCCAGUACAAGAAGCCCAAGAAGAUGGUGCUCCAGCUGCACCGGGCCGACGCCUUGGUCAAGAUCGACAUCCUCUGGUCCAACAUCCUGGCCAUGUCGGCGCGCUUCGACGACGCGAGAUUCGACAAGCUGAGGAUCCAGGUUAAAUGCGCGUCCGAGCGGUACAGUGCUCCUCAACCUGCGGCAGCAAGCAGAAUGCAUCUCCGAUGGCAGCGCUGCGACGAUGUUAUACCAAGGACCUUUUUUCUCUGGUUUGACAAGGGGACGCUGGAGAGGGGCUACGGCAAAAUGAUGUACGCCGACCCUUCGCUGCUUCGACUGCCGUCGCCCCCUCCGGGACAAGGAGAGGAGGGGGAGGAAGAAGCCCCGUCCCCGCCAUUCCUCAUAGGCGCGACGCCGAGCACGAUGAUGAUGAUAGGCUCAGCAAACACAGGGGCCGAUUCCCCGAUGUAUCAUGAGUACUGGGGCACCCAGUUGCAGGACUCAGCACAUAUUCGUUCCUUGUACAGAUAG